UCCGCGCCAGCUGCACGAAUCGUGGAGGACAUUAAAUAUAAGCAUGGGACACCUUGGAGGUUUAUUUAUCCUGAUAUCUUUUAUCACCCUGCAUCAUUGCCUCUCAGGUGCUGCAGGUCACACUCUGCUCGCCUGUCGAGAGCACCUACAGUUCAGGUGCAAAGAUGGCUCGUGCGUGCUGAGACAGAAGCUUUGUGACGGACACAGCGACUGUGGGGAUGGAUCUGACGAACUGCACUGUGGUCAUCUGUGGUGUAAGAAUGACGAGUUCUCCUGCCGCCGCAGCAGAAGAUGCAUCCCUUCCUGCUGGGCGUGUAACGGCGUGGACGACUGCGGCGACGGGAGUGACGAGGAUUCCUGUCCGAGCUGCCCCGCCGGCUACAUCUCCUGCGGCCGGGCCGACGGCUGCCUGCGGGCCAGCGUGCUGUGUGACGGCCGAGUGGACUGCAAAGACGGGCGGGACGAGCGCCGGGAGUUGUGUGUUUCGACGCCGCCGCAUCCUCAGAGCGCGUCUUCCUGUCCAGAGUCGGAGUUUGAGUGCGGUGACGGCCAUUGCGUCCUCCACAGCUGGAGGUGCGACAACAAAGCUGACUGCGCCGACGGCAGUGAUGAGGACGACUGUGAGCAGAAUGAGUGUCUGGUCAAUAAUGGAGGCUGUUCUCAUCGCUGUGUGGACACAAGGAUGGGCUUUCACUGUGAAUGUCCUGAACACAUGAGGCUUGUUGGGAAUAAUCACUGUGAAGAAGUGGACAUGUGUCUAGAGAGCGACGUUUGUGACCAGUUGUGCGUUCACACCAACGACAGCCUCGCCUGUGAGUGCCUCGAUGGCUAUCAGAUGACCCCAAUAAGCAGAGUGUGCAAGGCCAAAGGGGUGGAAGCCCAGCUCCUCGUCUCCACACCUGAAGGACUUGUUCAGAUUGGUCUCGGCGGUGCAGCACACAGAACAGUGGCAGCACAUGCAGCAGGACCUGGACCUGUUGCAGCCUUGGCUUCCAACAACACACUGUACCUCGCCUGCCAAGGAACAUCCAUUUAUAGGGUCAACGUAAAUGGAGAGGCGUCAGAGGCUAAGUUGGUUUUGGAUGCUCCCAGCCCAGUUUCAGGCCUGACAGUGGAUUGGAUCCAUCAACUUCUGUUCUGGACCAGCUUGGAGAGCGAUUCCAUCUAUGUCGGCCUGCUGGAUGGAUCUACUCAGCGUUCGCUGAUAACGGGACUGGACACGCCUUGUGCACUCACAGUGGACCCUCUGCACGGGCUGCUUUUUUGGUCAGAGUGUGGCAGCUCACCCAGGAUUGAGAGGGUGAGCUUGGAUGUUGAGCACAGAAAGACUCUGGUCACUUCUCUUAUACGCCAACCUGUUGCUCUUUCUCUAGAUUCGCCUCGCCAGUUGUUGUACUGGCUCGACCAGGGAAUGAGAAGCAUCUCCAGGGUCAAUUUGGAUGGGCGACAUCGUAAAACGGUGGUCGAAUCAAACGGUUAUUUGGAUCGUCCGUUUGGUCUGGCAGUGUUUGAGGGUUUCUUAUACUGGAGUGACCGAGACACACAUUCCAUCUGCAGAGCCAGCAAGCAUAACGGUAACGACUUUCAAAUACUGAUGACCAACGUCACCUCACCAGGCGGUGUUGCCAUCUUUCACCCUGUCCUUCAACCCAACGGCAAAGCUGCGUGCGGCCGUCCGGGGUUGGUGUGCAAGCACGGGUGUGCUGUCGACCUCAUUUCCCAGACUCCAAACUUCCGAUGCACGACAGACAACCAAUUGCAAAAACUUCCUGCUGUUUCUCACACCAUUUCUGCAACACGUUUAUCUGAUCCCGCAUAUGCUGGAAUCAUCGCUCUUAUCGUGUUCCUCAGUGUGCUGCUGGUGGGAAUGGUCCUGUGGUGGUGGAGAAAGGAGUUCCAGCCUACCAGGAAUAUGACUACGCUGAGCUUGUCCUUCAAAGAGUCCCGGGACCCGCUCAUCAAGGGUCCAUACGCAUGCCUCAACAAGGAAACUCUUAAGCCGGACUUGGACAGGGAAUGAAGACGCCACACACGGUCACAAUCCCCGGGGUGACCUGCUGCGGCGACCAGACCGCCACCCUGCCGUGUCCCAGUUCCCUCGGCGGGCCGCAGACUAGCUUGUAGUUCAUUGCUGCUUUUGAUUUUUUUGAACGAUCAGCUCUUGUGACUCUACCUAGUUUUUGGAUUGUAUUUUCUAGAAGUGGAGCGCGCUCUAUUCCCUCAAGGCGCCACAAGCGCUACGUCCUUCAGCUUGCAAUAGUCGUAGACGAUACCUCGCAGCUUCCUUUCACGUUUUCUUUAUUCUCCUGUCAGACUUUGAUGGCAGGGGCACCAGUUCUCAUUUUUUAAGUUUUAAGUUACACAAAACAUUCUCAAGUCCAGCACUGUUUUGGAAGAAAAACUGGAGGAAAAAUCUUCCAUUUAGGAUGUUUUUCAAAUGCUUCAUUAUUUUACGAAGCAGUCGUGCCUUUAAACCGGACAUUCUUUAGUUGUCUCUUAAAGGGGAAGUGCACUUUUCCUAUCAUUCACAAUCCUUAUGUGAGACAAGAACACACCUUUCUUUUUUCUGUGCGUUCUAAACCGUGCAAAACUGCUAGCAAGAGGCGGCUAACUGCGCAAGUACACAGAAUGGUUAUUUAAAGGGGAACAGCACUUUUUUUUGUCUAACACCCACAAUCUCUGUAUGGGAAAAGAACACACGUCUUUCUAAAAAAAAAAAAAAAAAUGUCUAGCAAGUGGCAGCUAACAAUGCAAGUAAUGUGGUGUCCUCUAUUGCGCUUAUAUAGCCCUUUUUUAAAAAGAUCCAAAAACAGCCAACAACACUUCAUUAAAUGCCAUCACCUGCAUAUUAACCAAGCUAUCGCAACAUUAUUAUAAAAGCUAAUGCCGAGGAAUUACUUUUCGCUCCUCUGGACAUUAGCCACACUGCUGCUGAAUUUCCUCUGAGAUGGUAAAAGUUGCUCGGGUGAGAAUUAUGUUGAGUUGAUCAUCUAAACGGGGAGCACAAGACUAGUGCUGAAAGAUACAACCAUCCCUGUGAGAGCGUACUUUGUAAGUCAGUUUUAAUUUCUUGUUAGCACUUAGCAUUAGUGCUACAUGAUGGAUUAGUGUUUCAUAUAACUGGAUCUGCUUAGCUCCCACUUUCUAAAAGUUGUAACUCAUCAUCUGUAUGUUCAUCCAUGCUUACAGUAAAAGGUUUUUGUGAGGGCUUUAUAGGCAGAGUACCCCAAUUACUUGUACUAUUAGCUGCCUCUUGCUAACCUUUUAUUUUUAUUUUUAUAUUUUUACUGUAAAUAUGUGUGUUCUUGUCCCAUUCAGAGAUUGUGGGUGUUGGACAAAAAAAGGUGCAGUCCCCCUUCAAAGAACUAUUUUGUCAUCACGUUUGUGAAUCUUGUGACUCAUACUUGGUAUUUACUCUGAAUAAUGCCAUGAAGGAAGUCUUCCUGUUGUUGUUGUUUUUUAGGUCAUGGGGAUAGGUUGAUUGGCAACACUAAAUGGGCCCUAGUGUGUGAAUGUGAGUGUGAAUGUUGUCUGUCUAUCUGUGUUGGCCCUGCGAUGAGGUGGCGACUUGUCCGGGUGUACCCCGCCUUCCGCCCGAAUACAGCUGAGAUAGGCUCCAGCACACUCCCCCGCAACCCGGGAAGGGACAAGCGGUAGAAAAUGGAUGGAUGGAGAGACAGCGCAAAGGCUUCUGUUUUUUUUGUUUCUGUUGUGUGUCUGGGUUUGUUUUUGUGCGAGCGUUGCGCAUUUGACCGUAAAAGCCUCUUUUUUUGUGAAUUUACCAGGAGAUGCAGAGGAACUUAUUUAAGUCUGGUACAAACUGCUGUGUUUUGUAUUUAUUAAAUAAGGGGUUUUAUUUAUGAAGGCACUUUUGUAUUUGCACCAUGGCCAAAACUGACUGGAAAUCAUGAAUCGAUUAAAGUUUUUUUCUUUCUUCUUA